AUGGCCUUUCUGUUUGGACGCCGGCAACGCUCCGCCUCGGAACUCAUCAGAUCGACCAAAGAUCUGCUACAGCGGCUCAUUAAGGAGGACGGGCAGGUGCCGAAGACCGAAGAAGAGCUCGCGCGAACGCUGUCCAUAACGAAGACGACCCUCCAGGGUUCACCAGACGUCGACGCCCAGCCCGAGCAAGUGUACCAGCUCGUCAGCACGAUCCUAGCAGAGUCUCUGCUGCCACUUCUGGUCACGAACAUCCAUCGUCUCCCCUUCGAAGCCCGCAAGGACACGCAAACCAUCAUCUCGAACGUCUUCCGGUUUAGGAAUCCGGGUAGCACGCACACCGAGCCGGAUGCGCUGAAGGAGGUGCUGCGGACACAACCGGGCAUCGUCGUGAGCUUGUGCAAUGGGUAUGAGAGGCGCGAGAGCGCUGGGGCGUGCGGCGGCAUACUGAAGGAAGCGUUGAAGUGGGAUGCGGUUGCUGCGGUCAUACUGUACGACGAGCCCUUGCCAGACGGCAAGACGAUUGACAUCUACAACGAUGUGGACGCGAGCAGCCAGAGCAGUGGCAAUGGCGUGUUCUGGAAAUUCUUCGACUGGAUCGACAAGUCGUCGUUUGAGGUUUCGGCGGACGCUUUCGAUUGUUUCCGCCUCAUUCUCACGAAGCACAAAUCGCUGGUCUCGAACUACAUCAACACGAACUUCGACAUGUUCUUCGACAAGUACAACAGCAUGCUCGUCAAGAGCGAUAGCUACGUGACGAAGCGGCAGUCGAUCAAGCUGCUGGGUGAAAUGCUGCUGGAUCGGCAGUUCUACGAAGUCAUGACCAGAUAUGUCGACUCGGGGGACAACUUGAAGCUCAUCAUGUGGCAGCUCAAGGACGAGCGGCGGAUGGUGCAGUAUGAAGCGUUUCACGUCUUCAAGAUCUUCGCCGCAAACCCCAACAAGUCCUACGAAGUCCAGAAGUUCUUGAUCAUGAACAAGCAGCGUCUGCUCAAGUUCCUGCCGAAGUUCCUGGAGGACCGUACGGAAGACGACCAGUUCAACGACGAGAAAGCGUGGCUGGUCAAGGCGAUUGGAAAUCUGCCGGACAGCACCAGCGCGAUCCAGUCUCCCACGGGAGCUCGGCCGGCAAAUGGCAGUGCGGGUGUGCAACAACAAGGUAGCACGGCGCAGGUGCGGUCAUGA